CAGUACUGUAAUAUAAGAAGGCUGGGGGUUGUUCCAAACGCCGUCGAGUUAGUUCAGUGAUAGAUUCCGUCUUUUCUGGAUUGUUCCAGACACGACAUUGUUUGGCAAAACAAAAUACCCACAAAAUGCGGCAGACUUUACUGCUCGUGGGCCUAACGGUCAGUCUUGUUGCAGCUAUUCCGAAACCAAACAAGACUUCAAGAGUUAAAGAUGAGCCCUUAAGCAGCCAUAAACAUUUUGAAAAUGAGGAACACAAUGCUGACUAUGAUCAUGAAGCUUUUUUGGGUGACGAAGCUAAAGCAUUUGACCAACUAUCUCCAGAAGAAAGCAAAGAGCGUUUAGGGAAAAUUGUGGACAAAAUUGACCGUGAUGUUGAUGGUAAAAUUUCCAAGGAAGAACUGAAAUCAUGGAUUCAGUACACCCAAAGAAGAUACAUUAUGGAAGAUGUUGACCGCCAAUGGAAAGCUCACAAUCCUGAAAACAAAGGGUCCAUUACAUGGGAAGAGUACAAGAAAAUGGUCUAUGGUUUCAUGGAUGACAUGGAGCCCUCUGAGUUGGAGAAUAAUGCUGAUGAAGGAUUCUCAUACAAGGACAUGAUUCGACGAGACCAGCGUCGAUGGGGUAUUGCCGAUACUAAUGGCGAUCAUGCCCUUGACAAGGAGGAAUUCACCAACUUUUUACACCCCGAAGAUGCUCCGCAUAUGAAGGAGAUAGUCGUCGUGGAAACAAUGGAAGAUAUUGACAAAGACAAGAACGGCUUCAUCUCAUUAGAAGAGUACAUUGGUGACAUGUAUCGAGGAGUCGGACAUGAAGACGAGCCGGAUUGGGUUAGGAACGAACGAGAGCAAUUUCAAAAUUAUCGUGACAAAAAUAAAGACGGUCACCUAGACCCAGAUGAGGUUAAACAGUGGAUAAUCCCCCCUGAUUUCGAUCAUUCUGAAGCCGAAGCGAAGCAUCUGAUUCAAGAAUCAGACUCUGACGCUGACGGUCAGCUGACAAAAGAAGAAAUCAUUAACAAAUACGAUGUAUUUGUCGGGUCUCAGGCUACUGAUUUCGGCGAGGCGCUCAAUCGACACGACGAAUUUUAAAAAUAAUCAUAAGAUUCCUCAUUUGUGUGACUAAGAGCAGCAUUUUCGCUGGUUUGAUCCACUGCCAUUAUUCACUAAGUGUCCUCUAUUGAGCUUUGCCUUCAGUGCUUAUUCUUUGUUUAGUUUUAGAUUGACGCUAAUCAAUGUCAACGUGUGCCAUAAUUCUUCGCGCACCAAAUUACAGUGCCUCCUUUUAUUUCAUGUCGAUUGUAAAACCCGCAUAAUUUCUUCCCUACUUAAAAAUAUUUCGUGUGCAUGUUCUUUUUUUUUUCCAUACCGAUAUUUUGAUUUGGGUACUAGGCAUCUAAACUUUCGAUUCAGAAUGUGACUUGAAGCAAAAUGAUGAGAAAGUGGCCAUGUUAUCUGCAAUGUUAUGUCAUCGGUAGUCAAUAAAAAAAAAGAAUAUUUUCUAAAACAGAAAA